AAUAGGUAAUGGAUUUAUCAUGUGAGAAGCGAAGAGAAUGCGAGUUGUGUGUUGCUCCAAUUCGUCGUUAGCCGUCACUGCCACUCUUCCAUCUUUUCCCUGUCUGGGUCCUAGAUUCCUUCCACGCAUAGCAAUUCCAAUUUCAAUACCAUCCUCUGCUAUCCGCUUUCUUCCCCUCCGCUCCACUGCUUCGCCGAGACAAAUCACAACAAUGGCUUCCAAGAAUGCUCAAGAUCAACAAGACUCGCGCUUAGAGAGUAUCUCCUCCGCAAUCCGAGUCAUCCCCGACUUUCCUAAGCCAGGAAUUAUGUUUCAGGAUAUAACCACGCUGCUUCUUGAUACAAAGGCUUUCAAAGACACGAUUGACUUGUUUGUUGAGAGGUACAGAGAUAAAAAUAUUUCUGUUGUCGCAGGCAUCGAAGCAAGAGGCUUUAUAUUUGGACCACCCAUUGCAUUAGCUAUUGGAGCAAAAUUUGUCCCCAUGAGGAAACCCAAUAAAUUGCCAGGGGAGGUUAUCUCGGAAGAGUAUUCAUUGGAGUAUGGAACAGACAAAAUGGAGAUGCAUGUUGGGGCUGUACAACCUGGAGAUCGAGCCUUAAUCAUAGAUGAUCUUAUCGCCACCGGAGGGACGUUGGGUGCUGCAAUUAAGCUACUAGAACGUGUUGGGGUGCAUGUUGUGGAGUGUGCUUGUGUGAUUGAAUUACCAGAGUUAAAGGGGCGUGAUAGGCUGGGAGACAAGCCGCUAUUUGUCUUGGUUAAAGGGAUGGCCUGAUCAUUUUCCUGGGAGACAAGUUGUUUAUUCACUCAGUUCUGAAUUAUUAAUAUUAUUAUUCGAGUGUCCCGUUUAUAAAGCUCGUAAUUUAUAAUUAUAGUACAGAACCAGUAGAGAGCUCAGGUGGAGGAGCUCUAUGUAACAUUACCUUAUUUUGGUUCCGUGGAAUGAGGGAAUGAUGACUAUAAUAAAGGACAUGCUUGCCAUUGGUAUUUGCCAUUUGGCAGCGGAUAAUCAAGUUUAGGUUUACUUAAAUGACUUGUAAUGAGCAUAGUCACACCUAAGUUAUGUUCAAAUUUCAGCCCUUACUUUUUGGUAGAUGUAUAACUUUAUUUUAUUCAAUAUAUGCUCACAUUCACAUA